GGAAUAGAGUGAGGUGAUAGAGUAGCCAGAGUAGCUCGCGAGCUGCGUGAAGUGGUGUGCACGGUUGAUGGUUGAUGUGGAGUGCACUAUGGAAGAUAAUACGUCUUCUCCUCGCACACCAAGGACCGUAACGUUCCACGAGUACCUGUAUGACAGUUUAGACAACUCAACCUUUGGCCAGCAAAUCUUCUCGGGCAAGACCGACCUCAUGGGUUUCGAGGAUUCAGCUGACGAUCCUAUUGCAACUGAAGACGACUUGAACAGUUUUAUGGAAGAUCACGAGAAUGAAAAUGCUGGGUACAUUCAGCACACAAUAUCCGCGGAUCAAAUCUGCAUGCAAAUCAACCCUGGCAACAACCCGAUGCCCAUGAACCCAACCCAUGCGACACUCACGAUUCAGAGCGUCAACCAGGAAACUCGCAGGAGGGAGAUAAAACGUUUCCGCUGCAACUACGAGGGUUGUCCACGGACGUACAGCACGGCGGGAAACCUGAAGACCCACCAGAAAACGCACACAGGAGAAUACACGUUUGUGUGCACUCAGGAAGGCUGCGGAAAGGCCUUCCUCACUUCCUACAGCCUCAAGAUCCACUUUCGGGUGCACACGAAUGAACGGCCGUACGAAUGCGACGUCAGCGGCUGCGAGAAGACGUUCAACACACUUUACAGGUUGAAAGCGCAUCAACGCAUCCAUACCGGUGAGACCUUCAACUGUGGCAAAGACGGCUGCCUCAAGAUCUUCACCACCCUGAGUGACCUCAAGAAGCACACGCGUACACACACCGGCGAACGCCCUUACAGGUGUGACACAGAUGGCUGCGGAAAAUCUUUUGCUGCGAGCCACCAUUUGAAGACUCACAUUCGAACACACACUGGUGAAAAACCAUACUCAUGCACACAAGACGGCUGCCAGAAAUCAUUCACAACACAGUACAGUCUCAAAACGCAUAUUGCAAGGCACGACAGGCCGCAGGACAGUGACGAGGACCAGGUGCUCACAUUCCACCUGGACGGUUCCGAGAUGCAGCCGGCUCAGAUGGUACCAGAGCAUGAAGAAGACGAGAACGUGCCAGACUCAAGUACAGCCCACGUACUGCUCAACACAAUGGUGGGAUCGCAAGCGACGGGGUCUACCAGGACGUUGGUCAGUGUUCCUGUUCAAGCGUUCGACGUUGCGACGUCUUCCGGUGGUGUACGAGCAUAUGCAAUGAUCCCGUUGGACAUAAUCAGCCAGAACCAGGGCUCGGAUGUUGCACAAGUAUUAGUCCAGGGUACGCUGGCGGUGAGCUUAGCUUCGGACGCAGAACGACCGGAAGUGGACGUUCUGUGCCUGACUUCCAGCGGGGGUGACUGCCAAGAGUGCCUGAAAGAACAGCGGCUUCCUGCGGCCACUGCACCGCCGCCUCCUCCUCCUCCUCCGCAGGAUCCGAUUCAACCGGUAGAUCAAGCGGCGGAAGAGCUGGUAGACGAUCCGUCUGUGUUCUUGUCCGGUGUGGAUCCCGCGGAUCCGAUGGUUUCUAGUCGUAAGGAGCGCGUCUGCAGUUUAUAACCCAUGUUGUUCAGUUGGAGAAAGCAGAAAUGGUGCUUUUUUUUGUCCCUUUUGCAUGCCGACGUCUUCCGCUGAUGUUGCCGCGGAGUGGUUUGAAACACGUGUACCCUGAUGGUGACAUACAAGGCACAAAGUGUGUUGUCUUGCGACGGGUGUUAUGAGUAUAACAUUUUAGUGAGAGUAUUAUAUUUUGAUGUUGUCUCCAAGACUAAAACGUGUCGAUUGUUUCGGGUGGCUUUUCUUGUGUAUCGUAUCGGCAACUAAUGGAAAGUGGAGUGCCUAAAUGCCCGUUUUAAGUGCUAAUGUUUAGCAUACCUGCAUUUAAUGCUCAAUGUACAUUAGGAAUGCAUACCACAAAUGGGUUAACCGGUUCAUGUUCUUGUUUGGAGAUUUUGGAUGGUUAUAAGUCUGGAUAUCUGCAUCGCACUGAGUCACAAUAGCGCAGUCACGCACUUAAUGACCUGAGUGUGUUCACCAGUAUGUCUUUUUUUUUUUCAACGUGCAGCACACAGGGAUGUAACUUUACUUUUACGCUUAACAGCGCUUGCCCGAUCUGAAAUAGCCUUGGAGCUUUACAACGAGGGCACUGUAGAAAUCGCUCGUAACCUGAUGAACACGUAAGCACUUUAUUUACGAGACAGUUCACAUUGAUUUCUGUAAGCCUGGAAGAACUGCAGCUUUAAUCAGCUGUGCUUAGUCACAUGUGCAGUCGUAAUCGUGUUCUUAGUGAGAGAGAAUUUGAACAGCCAUGUAAAUUUCCGACAUCCAACUUCAGCACUUCAUAUGCACUGUAUUUAUGUGUACUGGUAUGUGUUGACAAAAUGAUAAACUGCUUGCAAAAGACAUAUGCUAGGAUUUAAACAUGACUCCUAUCAUUAGUGUCCAUUUGCGGUCUGCAUUCCUCGCGUACACUUCCUCGCAGUUAUACAUUGUGUUCCAAGCUCUUGUGGUUCGGCACGAGUCUGUCUAGGGUCGUGUAAUCAUUGUGAGCAAAUCGAGCCUGCGAUCUAGCGAAAUAGCUUGAGAGCAUGUGACCUCUCAUGGGAUGGAACAAGCAUAGUUUAACCUUCUCAAUUUUUGUACUGAUUACCUGUAAAUUGGUCGGGGAUAAGCCAUAGAAUCAACCAAGUUCUUCCGCACUUAAAGCUUACAGAACACAGUGUGGCAUCAUUUGAAGUCCAGGGGAUAUGCUUAUCCUGUUAAGAUCAUCCUUAAAAAGUGGGCCUCAAGUGCAAAAAUUUAUGCUCGCAGAAUGAGAGAUGUGGGUACCUUGACGGGGAUACCAAAGGAAUCUGUUUCAUCCCUUGCAUCAUUCGUGAUUUAAGCACGAAAGAAACGUUUUUCUCCUCUUGUCUUCUCCUCAAGAUGCGCAGGGUGCCCUACCAAUUGCACCAAUUGGAGGCCUUGCGGUUUCCUUUGCACUCAAAUCACGAAUGACCUGAUUGGUAACACGACAUGAUGACAUGGGUUCUGUUCCUUUUAUACUGCUGUCAAAUCUUUCAUUUUGCCAGGGUAACGUCUUGCACUUCAGUGGCCCUUUAAUAUCACCAGGGACAUUAACUGGUCCACUCCACUGAAUGAGUGUACAUGCCCACUUACUUCCGCCACCAGGUGUCACCGAGGGAGAGCAUGACUGACUAUGUUCCAUAAAGUUUUGUUCAGCACUGAA